UUAAUAUCCCAAUAUUUUAAAUGUUUGCUACUCUUUUUUUUUUCUCUCUUUUUCUAACUUUUUUUCAAUUCAAUCUUUCUUGUUGAUAGUGGAGAAAAAUUUAAUAUUUAAUAAUAAAAAAAAAUAUUUUUUUUUCAAGUAAAAAACUCUUUUUGAUUAAAAUCAAAAUCAUGCCAAAAAUACUGAGUAACGAAUGGUUUAUGGACAAGUGGGCAAAAUUAAACGAUUCAAUAUGGACAAAAUUAUAUAUUAUUGUAUCAGUUAUACAGACUAUAAUAGUUAUUGCGUUAGAAAUUCGAGUAUUUAAUCGAAACGAUUCGAUAAGAGAAAAUGUCGAAGAAUUCGGGAAUAGUUCGACGUGUAAUAUUCAAUAUAGUACAAAUCGAAUGUUACGUAUUGAACAGGAAAAUGUUAUCUUUAUUAUCUUUCAACUUUAUCAAUUAUGGUUUUGCUUUGAUGCGAUUUUAUCUCAAAAUACGAUUCAACUCAUAGCAGUAACGAUCAUGAAUGGUAUUUGUGCAGGAUAUAGCAUUGUUCAAAUUGAAGAAAUUAGAAUUUGGUACAUGGACUUAAAUAAAUCUUGUUCAAAUGUUUUCGAAAAAGCGUCAAAUCCAGCAGGAUAUGAUAUACCUUUAGUAAUAACAUUAAUAAUAUUUGCAACAGUUAUGGGAUUUCUUGCAUUUCAACUAUAUCAACAAUUUGGAUGGAUAAUUUAUCGAAGGAUCGGAGGAAGCAUCGAAAUUCAAACAAUAUACAGAAGACAACUUAUACUUGUGAUUUUACUUAAAAUUGAUCUAUUCUUUUUAUUAUUAUUUUCCAUUGAAUCUUGGAUGACAUUUACUUUGGAGGAUCAAACAGAGAGACUUGAAAGUCUUUAUUAUAUUCCAAAAACAAUUUAUUAUUAUCAUAGAGUAGUUACAUUUUCAAUUAUUUUCUUAGAAUUCGUUGUAUAUCGAAGUUUGAGAAGGGAGCGGAGAUAUGGAAUGUUGAUUUUUAUAUUUUUAUGGAUCGCUGUAGUUGUAGAUUUAAUUUUAAUAUUGUGCUUUUCUAUUAGAACCGCAAGAGAUAGUUGGUAUUUCCUCAUAUGUUUUGUUAUUUUUUCUAUCAUGGUCUCGAUUAUUACCUGGGUAUAUAGCAUUAUAGUUACCAAAGACUUUAAUAGAGGGUUAAAAGAAAUUUGGUAUAAAAAAAACUCGGAGUUUCCAAUGGAUGACAGGCAUAAUGUUAUAUUGAGACAACUUUCCCUCGAUUAAUGCUUAUUUAAAAAUUAUAUAUGUAUAUAUAUAUCUAUAUAUAUACAGUAUAUAUUACUUUAUAAUUGUGGAUAUUUACUUUUACUUUUUAAUGUAUUGUAUAAUUUGAGAAUGAUUUUUUUUUUCUAUUACUUUUUUUUU